AUGGAUGACGAGCGACUACCCAAACGACUCUUCUACGGAGACGUCGCGACGGGUUCUCGCCGUCAAGGAGGCCAGAUUCGCCGUUACAAGGAUACCCUGAAGUCCUCCCUGAAAUGCCUGCAAAUCAACCCCACCAACUGGGAUGAGCUCGCACUCGAUCGACCGACCUGGAGGAGGACAGUGAAGACAGGCGCUGCGAUCUACGAAGCCAACCGCAUCGCUGCUGCCAAAGCGAAACGCGAAGCCCGCAAAUCACAACUUCGCCCAGUAAGCAACGCCGCCGCACAACCGCUUCCAACGUGUCCUCGAUGUCAACGGACAUCCCGGGCUCGAAUCGGACUUGUUGGACAUCUUCGGAUUAACUGCGCCUCUCGAACGGCACCAACCAUCGUCCCCCCGCCUGCCUCUUCCUCCUCCUCUCCGCCGCCAACUAACCCUGACAAUUCUUAUGACCCACCACUUCCAUCAUCCUCCUUCUCCUUCUCCUCCUCCUCCUCCUCCUCCUCCUCCUCCUCCUCGUCCUCCUCCUCCUCCUUCUCCUUCUCCUCCUCUUCCUCCUCGCCCACUGCUCCAACGGCGGCCGCUCAGGCGACUGUCCCGCGCACAGCAACCGACACUACCACCACCUCCCCCGGCUCCAGGGAUGAGGAUCAGGACUACACCUGCCCUCACUGCGACCGUACCUUCACCUCACACAUCGGCCUGAUCGGUCGCUUGCGAAUCCAUCGCACAGAGACUGGCGAACCAGUGCGUGAAGUACCAACCCACACCCACCGCACUCGCCUCCAAUGCCCACACUGCCCUCGCACCUUCAGGCAUCGCAUGGGCCUUUUCGGCCACAUGCGCAUGCACGAGAGCGGCCUUGACCGCACUCCCGACACACCCAGCACAUCCAACCCAUCCACCGUGCACACCCCCACCCUCGUUCCAUCCGUCCGCGCCACCACCACCGCCUCCUCAGUAGCUGACACGGACACCGCCAACUUCUCAUGCCCACAUUGUCCACGCACGCAUCGGUCUGGUCGGUCACUUGCGCAUCCACCGCACAGAGACUGUCGAACCAGUGCCUGGAGCACCCACCUAUACCCACCAAGCUCGUCUCAACUGCCCACACUGUCCUCGCACUUUCAGGCACCACAUGGGCCUACUCGGUCACAUGCGGAUCCACGACGACCUGCGGUAGACAACCACCGGUUACACCACAUAUGCACACACUCCAUACCUUCCUCCACCAUCAUCACCACACAUCAACACUCACCCAUCGCAAGCACCCAACUACCACCUACCACGCAUGUGGGAAGUGUGCAUCUCGACUCGGUCCCCAUGCGGCUUCGGCUGCACGGGUGA